AUGGCUUUGGUGAGAAGUAUCUUCAGUGCAAAGAAGAUUCUUGGUGGUUCUUUAGUAGGAACCGGGAAAGCAACUUCAGCACCAAAAGGGUUUCUUGCGGUGUACGUUGGUGAGAGUCAGAACAAGCAGAGAUAUAUUGUGCCAGUCUCAUACUUGAGCCAGCCUUCCUUUCAGGCUCUUCUUAGUAAAGCCGAAGAAGAGUUCGGGUUUAAUCAUCCGAUGGGCGGCUUGACGAUCCCGUGCCAUGAAGAUACUUUUAUCAGUAUAACUUCUAAGCUACAAAGAUGA